AUGAACUAUCAGCUGAAAUCUACGCUGGUCCUCCCCCACCAUCGCCAUCUCUGGUAUUAUAAAUGAUGUAAAAACAACAACACUGCACAAUCGAAUAAAAAAAACAUCUGAACAAUAAAAGCAAACGAGACAACUAUGAUGACAAGGUUUGCCUUUGACAUAAUUAAAGAAAAAGAAUAAAUAACGGUAAUUAGGCAAAACUAAGCGAGUUUUCUGAUGCUUAACUGCACCAUCUGCUGUAGCGCUGUGGUGUUUGUUAGGUGGAGACCGCCGUCAAAGCACUCCUACAAUUACACCAAGCACUACUACCACUGUUGUAGUUAAUAGUAGAGGGUUUUGACUAAGCAGGAGCAGUAAAUUUGUAGCAGGCAAGUUGCACACUGGGAAAAUGGAUGGUGUGUCGCCCUACAUGUCGACAUAACUCAACGGAUUUCAUGUAAUUUGCCUAUAAUUUCUCAUCUACCACUCUCCUGUACAACUACAGUUACUAACUUCAACAUCCUUACCGUCUUCUCUUACAUUCCAGCAAAGACUUAUUGAGAAGUAACUUAUAGUUGUACAAUGGAACGCCAGUGGAAGAAAGGAAAUAAAAUAUUUGGCAACAACAAUGACUGGAACCGAACCAACAGCUUCAUGAACAAACCUGAAGAUGGGUGGCUACACAGAGAUGAACAACUGUGUUCGGAUGCUGGAGUCUGUUAUGGUGUACGGUAUUUAGGAUGUCUGGAAGUAAAAGAGUCUAUGAGAACAUUAGACUUUGAAACGAGAACAAACCUAGCAAGAGAAGCCAUAAACCGUAUCACAGAAGCAGCUGGGCUGAAGUUUUUGGACAGAAAAAAGAAAUCAGACAAAAAGGUUCUUCGCAUUCUUGGAGGUUAUGCUAACCUGAGGUGUUCAGGCUCCAACAUUACUCUCACUAUUACAACUGAAGCCCUAAAACUUGUUAUAAUGGAAAAUGGCAAGGUACCAGUUAUAGAACCAUUUGAAACGUGUCUUUUAAAUGAAUCAAUGACACAACCUCCACCACCAGCACCGGCACCAGAAGAAAGUUUGCAGGCAGCAAUGAUUAAUAAAGAUGAGAUUCCUGCAGUGCUUGCUCCAGUAUAUGAAGAAUGGUAUCAUGGUCCUUUAAGCAGAAAGGAGGCUGAAUUAUUAUUGGAACAUGAAGGAGAUUUCUUGGUGAGGGAGAGUACCACUACACAAGGUCAAUUUGUCUUGAGUGGCAGACAUUCAGCUGGGGUGAAACAUUUAUUACUGAUUGAUCCUGAGGGUGUAGUCCGAACAAAGGAUUGUAAAUUUGACAGUAUUAGCCAUCUUGUAAAUUAUCACAAGGAUAAUCAUUUUCCAAUUUUAACACAAGGCACGGAACUUCAUCUUUUAGAACCAGUUGUUUGUAAUAAAUGACAAAAACAGUUUGAAAAUAGUUACAGAACGAUGUCAGGAUUUCAUCCACUCAGAUCUGUGCAAGUUUCCUGAACUCUGCACCCAGAGGAUAAAUAUUGUUUGCUCUCUGAAGUGCAGGCAUAAUGUGAUAAAACAAGGGAUAGACAAAUAGUUGUUCACACCUUUCAGCACAACCUACAAACAAUCUGUGGUCAAUAUUACCAACUAAUUAGGCCACUCUCCAAUCAAACUCCAUACCAAAGGGCUAUGAAAAAUUUGGGAAAGAUAUAUAAUUUUGUUUUAUUUUAUUUUCCUUCAUAUAAAUUUGGCCAAGUAAUUAGUUUGAUAAAAUUCACACUUUGUUACAGGUAUUUUGGCCUGAGAUGUGCUUAAAUAUUUCCUUGAUGACAGGGACUUCAAUCUUUAAAAUACUCAUAAAAUGGGUGAGUGGGUUUUGUGUGUGUACAAAUAUGUGUGACUCUAUGUGCAUGAAUGGCAAGUAAAAUUUAACAAGUAUGGUUGGAUUUGUAAAUUUUGUAUAGAGUGUUUAUUUUGCAAGCCAUAUAUGUAUAUAUUAUUAUAUAUACAUAAAUAUUUCUUAUAAAUCAAAAGUAUUUGUGUAGUUUGUUUUUGCUAUACAAAUAGGUUACUGUAAGCAUAUUAUUGUUAUAAUGUUUUUUCAAAUCAUUCUAAUUUCAAACAUUCAUAUAUCUUGGUUAUAUUAAUCAAGUCAUUUUUGUUUGUUUUGUUUUGGGUUGUUUUUUUUUGCAUUGAGUGGCACUGCUUCAGUCCAUUCCUCUCCACAGAACUAUUACCAUUAACAUCAUCAUUCUUAUUUUUUUAAAUGUUCCAUGUGUUUAAACAGAGCUUUUUAAAGUAAUGCUUUUACUAGUGAUUGAAUACCCUUUCUAAAGCUAAUUAUUUUUGCAGAAAGCACUCGUUUAAUUUUUAACUGAAAGAUAACCAUCUCCUCCCAAGGAACAGAGGUCAGUUGUGUAUCAUUUUACAUGGCUCAUUCACUUCACCAUUCACAGACAGAGACAUUAAUUUUGGUGACAUCAAUAUUUCCUAUUUGGACAGAAAUACUCAGCUUCAGUAGAAGUAAUGUGCAGUUUAUUGAUUAUUGAUAUUGUUUUCUUAGUAAUUUUCCUUUAUGAAGCUGGAAAUUCACAAAGGAGUACAAUCACACUACUCAGAGAUGAGUACAUGAGAAAAUAUCCUAGCUUCAGUCUGUCUGAGCAAUUUUCAUUCCCUUCUCCCCCAUAAGCUGUAUAGUAAUACAGAUAUUAAAGACUGUGACGCUGUCAGAUGUAUAGUAAUAGAUAUUAAAGACUGUGGCCUUGUAACUGUAUAGUAAUACAGAUAUUAAACACUGUGACCCUGUCAACUGUAUAGUAAUACAAAAUAUUAAAUUCUGUGGCUACUUGUGAUAGACUUUGCUCGAAAUAAAAUGUGUUAUUAAUUUUUUUAAUAUUUAAAUAUUUUUUUAAACCUAUGAAUCCUGCAUCAGAUUUUUAAACCUGAAUUUAGCAUAUACACACGAUGUCCGUACAUACCUCCAUAAUGAAAUUAUAAAUUAUGGCAGCAUACACCCCUUCAAUGAAAUUAGUCCAUUAAUUAAUGGUCAAUAAAAUAUCACAAUGUUCAUUUUA